AUGUCGACUCCGAAUCCCCAAGAUCAGGAUCGACAUCAACCACAACAAAUCUUUGUUCGGGCGGAUGAAAUCGACGCAGGGACUUCAAUAUUAACACCGAGUAAGGAGUUGCCCCUGAGUGCUUUGACUCCUGCGGACAUUGCUCUCUCAGGUACCGCACGUCCCAAACCUCCCGCUCGUCCAGGUCUGAAGAGAGAAGGUUCUGCGGCACCUCCGCCUCCACCACCAUCACAGCCGCCCCCGUCUAUUCCGCCUCAGUCUGAUCCUACGGACUCUCUGAGCCUUCCUCAACUGCGACAGCUUGUCAGCCAGUUCCCUAAAGUAGAGCAGAGAGCCUACGCCUUCCAAUAUGCCGACGCCCAGGACUUCGCCCAUGAAAUCGAUGAGUGGUUUCACUACACGGAAAUCGACCAGGAUAGGGGCUAUCUACUGAGUUCGCUUGAAGCUUUUGAGCAGAAGUGGAGAAUUUACUGUGAAUCUAACGAUUUUCCUGAAGACAGGACAUGGAUCGCCGUCACCGACCAGCACAGAAAACAAUUCUGCGCGGACCUCGCCGAUGAUAUCUCGGAUGAUGACUAUGCCGGCCGUAUCGAAGCUCUCUGUGCCUUCUACUACAUUUUGAUGGGCGCCUGGAGCACUACAGCCGGCUUAGACACUCAGGCAGAAGGCGAUGGUGUUGCUGAUGACCCAGUCUCAGAGUCCACUCGGGCCAACACCGUUCAAAUCCAAUGGAUGCACAAAGGGGUUGAUCUUUUGACGCAAGAGAAAGCAUUACCAAACCUCUUCAAUUGCUUGAUUCAAGCAGCAGAACCACCUGUUGUGAAAGAAGCUCCUCUCAACAAGGAUGCCGCUGAAGCCUCCGAAGGCGACUUUGGAGAAACCGAGUAUAGGGAGAUUCUUAUAUGCCUUUCCUGCUUCUACAUCCUCGUUGAAUCAGUGCGGUCAAGGAUGGACACUGAGCGCGGCGUUGCAUGCCGACAAGCCUUUCUUUCAUUGCAACCCAAUUUCUUGGUCUUCCUUGUCAAAGCGAUCUCACGACUACGAUGGGAUGAAUCUUACAAUAUACCCCUCAUGCACGCAUUGCAGUUGUUCUGGAAAUCUAUUCUCUUGUUCUUUGGCGACUCAAAAACCCAUUUGGCUCAAAUCAAAGGCAUCUUACACCCAAAGGACGAUCCCUUCUCCUCCGAAGCUGCACACCCCAUCCUGACAGCAUCGCCACUGGAUUAUCACCUCUUUCGGCAGGAGAUCACUUCCAAAUAUCCUGCGUACAAUCCUCCAUUACCACUCGUUCCCCUCGAGUUAGAGCACAAGACCAUGCUACCUCCAUUAACCACCUACAAUGCCAGGUUGGAUAGUUUUGCUGCUUCAACUUCCACUGGAGGAGCUGCAUCCGCUUCUCGAGGCUCUAUUCUACACCAACCUGUGCAUAUUGCUACGCCAGCGCCAUCUCCGCCACCGUCCCCUGUUGGGCCUGGUGGCAAGACUGGCAAAAAGCAAAACUACCAGACCAAUCAGAACUUUCCCUUCCUCUACCCUCCCCUCGACAGCUCCAGUAAUGCCAUUGGAGGCAAAGGUUCAACGCAGUUCCAAGAUCUUAUGGUAGGAAGAAAGUGGGAAGGCAGCGAUGUUCCUCGUUCCAUUAUCGAAGCUGGAGAGCUCUUUGCAAGCCGUAUGAGGAUGACAAGAGGGAUGCGCCAGCUUUGGAAGGAGAGAGACCUCUUCAUGAAAUAUGAACGGGGCUGGAAGGGCAGCCUUGCGGACCUGGCCCAGAGACCUGGCGCCGAGAUGACGACAGCAGAAGAGCAAGAUGAUCUCGACAGCCUAGGAGAUGACGUCCUCCGCUCGCGCAUGGCUGCUGUCGAAGAUUUCUUUCGAAAUGCUCUGCCAGAUCUGCAGUCACUGAUCAUCGUCAUGAUGAAGGUGAUGCUCAACAACGUGCAAGACGUUGCUGUUCGAAAUGGCGGAUUGCAAGACACGUCUCAAGCUUCUGGUCUGAGUCGGAGCAAGUCAAAUUCCAACAUGGCACAGAAUCAAUCUUUGCCCAUGCCACCUCCACCCCCACUCCCCGCAGACAUGACUUUGGAAGAUCUGGACAACGUUCGGUGGCGUGAAAUAAGCCAGAAAGCAGUCUCUGGAGCGAUUUUCCUGCUUCUCAAAUGGUUCAAAAUAUCUCACGUCUUGAAGUUCGAGUAUUUAACACAACUUCUCUUGGACUCCAACUAUGUCCAACUCACUUUGAAGUUCUUUGCCCAUCAGAAUCUGGAAGAUCUCGUGGCAUUCAGGUAUGAUCGCGAUGACCUCAGUGUAUGGCAGUAUUGUCACGUUCAUUCGGACCACCCACCACUGUCACCCACAAGUCCUGAUGAGCAUUCGGACAGCUCAGAAGCAGAAGAUGCCGUUCCUCCUCCAAUCUCUCGUCAUAGACAGUCCCCGUCCAUCCGAUCAGAGGCACCGGCUUCACCAGAGCAAACUCAAAGCCAACAAGCCUCCAACAACUCAGAACAGUCUCGUCCAUCAGUCGACGAACUGGGUAACCCACUGGGUCCACUCCCGACAACACCAAUCAAGGAAUUCUCCUUCCGGCAAUUUCAGACCUCGAUCCAUCUGCUCCGAGUUCUUCAAAAGCUUACUCGUGGCAAAUCCCAUCGAAUUUUGUUUCUUGUCACAUUCAAAUCGAGUCAAAUUCUGCGACGCAUACUUCGUGUUCCCGAUCCGACACUACGGUUGUAUGUUUUGAAACUCUUCAAAUCACAGGUCCCCUACUGUGGUCGAAAGUGGCGGCAAAGCAAUAUGAGAGUCAUCACUGCAAUUUACCUGCACUGCCGACCGGAACUGCGAGACGAGUGGCUGGCGGGCAUGCAUGAUGCCAACGUUGAAGGCGAAUUAGACGAAGCCGUACCACUUGAAUGGGCUUUACGAGGCCUGACUUUCUGGUGGCAGAAACGCAUGUACCCGGGUAUUAUGAGGCGAACUGCUGCGAAAUCGACAAAGGGGCAGCCUCCUGGUCUGGGAGAUGAUACAGAGACUCGUGAUGAUGUGGACCAUGACGAUAUCGAAUCUAGUGAGGAUCAUGGCGGUGCAUCAACAGCAGAAGAUGAAGGUGGUCAAGAGAUCGAUCCCGAAGAGCGGGACUUUUUCCAGCGAGAACUUGACGCCCUUGGCUGGGGACUGGCGAAUCUGCACCUUGCCACGGAUGCAGAUGGAUUUACCUUUGGUGAAGAUGCAGCGACCCAUGCUGCUGCGAAUUCCGCACCAACAAACAACUUCCAUUAUUCGCAGCAGCAGCAGCAGCAACAACACCAGCUUCCGUCCAAUGGAAUAAGCUCAAACUCGGGUACCAAUGCCAGUAAUCACGCCUACGGGAUUAAUGGCGCUGUGAACACGACCACAGCCAAUGCUGGUGGCAACAGUAGUGGACCGCAGACUGCCUUACCAUUGCCUGCACCCACACCGCAAUGGGUAGUUGCUGACGCAGCGAACAUUGAAGCAUGGCAGAAUGGCUAG